CGAAACAGGAGGGGCAUGUUCAUGCCUUAUAAAUAAUGCCUCCACCACGGACCACAUCACUGAAUGUUGGUGUAACCUACCAGACUUACCUAUUCAAGACAGAAAAAAAGUAAUCAACUGAAAACUUGAACAGCUCGGUUCGUGAUGGAUCUAAUAAUAAAGGGGUUUAAUGGAGAUACGACAUCUCUGACUGUGGGCUACAACGCCACAGUUGGUGAACUGAAGCAGCUCAUUUCGCGGGACUUCAGAGUGUCACCUCCUCAGCAGAAACUUUCUGCUAAUAACGGUCGCCGAAUCGACCUUGAAGACGAUUCCAGAACCCUCAGUAGUUACGGGUUGCACCCGGGCUCCACAGUGAUGCUGUUCAUCACGAACCCUGGACCUUUUCAGGUGUUCGUCAAGAACGAGAAAGGCUCCAUAGGAACUUACGAUGUUUCCAUUGAUGAGACCGUAGAGCAACUUCAGGAAAAGAUCUUCAACAAAGAAAGAGUCCCUGUGGAUCAGCAGAGAUUGAUUUACAACGGUAGACAACUGGAGUCUGGAAAGAAGUUGCAAGAGUACGACAUCACAUCCCACAGCACCAUUCACAUGACUCUGCGACUCAGAGGAGGUUAAUGGAGAAAAACAGCGCGAAAGGAUUUUUUGUUGUUGUUAUUUUGAUUGGUACUGUUACAAUGAUUAAACUUGCCAAUGUAGUUAAAAUAGUCAUAUGAAGUAUCUGUUCAAUUAUAGAUGAAAAAAUUAUAGCACUAUUUGUUAAUCGCUCUGGAUAAGAGUAUCUGCUGUAAAUAAAUGUAGUAAUUUAUAGGCCUAUUACACUAAGUAGUAUCAGAAUGUUGAGUUAAAAUCUGUUUUGUGAAUUGUGGUGAUGCAACAACUUACAGCAUUAAUACUUGGAAGAAAAACAAUUAUGCUUUCAUGGAUUCUAUAUAUUUGUACUUUUUAUGAAUUAUGUUUUAUAAUAUUUUGCCUUGUAAAUAAAAUGAUCAAAUGCCUGAACUAUA